CCGACCAGAAAUAAGGAUGCCGCGCAUGGUACACACACCUUCCCGUGAGCGUUCUUUCAAGCGACAUGGUGGGAUCAAUGAGCAGGAAAUGACGGAGAAUGGUUUCGAACAAAGGAAAAGCCAGGGAGAGGACGACACGGCUGUCCAUGGGCUACACCAGUGGGACGACCACGAAAUCAUAUGUGUGGUUCCUCACACUCAAAAGGAUUCGAGUAUGGAAUGUUGUGGCUGUUGUUGGAAGGAGCAACGUAAGGCUCGAGAAUGCGGGUCCUGUGAAAACCAGGUCAACAUAGAUCAUAGAAGAACGUCAGAGGUGCCAUCUCGUCAAAGCUUUGGAUGUCAAUUGUGGGAGGCGAGUCGGUGCUGCCCAAGGGGAUAAAGUUGCCACUCGCCACGGUGGUAGAGCCGUAUUGGAUGGGCGAUUCAUCCUUGAUACAGCAACUUCCAAUGCCAUCUUUCUCA